AGGAAAGGUGAACGGAGUAGUAACACCGCAAACGGUUUUCCUUUGUUGAAGGGUUCCUGGAUAGAGAUGUUGCUGUGUACAGUUUAAAAACGUAUAUAGUGCGAUUCCCUCGAACAAGCGAAUGAAUGUAAAAAUGACAACUCUGGUGAAUCGCAUACUUGAAAUGAUCACAUGGAAUCAGCAAGGGAAGAAAUGAACGAUUCUUGCCAACUCCUGGCCAACACAGAAGAAAUGCAGGAACCUAGACCGCGAGAUGCUGUCCCCUCCUCAGAUGCUCUUCGAGAUCCUGCUGCCCCUGCAGAAAAUGACGCGUCGAAAGCGAGCUCUCCUGGGCCAGGGACAUCUCGGAAAGCCAUUCCGGAUUUUGGAGAAGCGACAAGGAAGAGCAUGAAAAGAAAGUCUAACGCGAAGCCGGAUGCAAAGAGGAAGAAGCAUUUGCGAAGGACCCCUAGGGUGGGCUACACAGUUCAAGAAGGUGACGACAUGCUGCUCAUUAUCUCCAACGUGAACCAGUAUGAUAGUAAGUGGGUGCCGGCGAAGAGGGCUGCAAAAAAGAAGAAGAAGGUCACCAAGAGAGGCAAGAGCAAGGUCUCUGGCGGUCAGAGGAAAGCGCAGAAAUCGACGAGCAAAACAGGUUGCAAGCCCCCUCUUCAAGAGGAGGUUAAUAAGCCUGCUGCCUGCGGCUCAGGGGGGGCUAGUGAGCACUAUGACAGAUGGGGUCAGACCAUGCCGGUGGAAAUCCUGGUGAAAAUAUUUCGGCUGGUGGUCAAUCAGAACGGAGCCAUACCUUUUCUCUGCAGGGUGUCCCAAGUGUGUCAGCUGUGGAACUCUGCAGCUGCUACCCCAUUCCUGUGGCAGAGCGCGACAAUCAGCCAUUGCUGGAUUGAACCUGGUAAAACACAGUUACCGAAAACGGAACUGAGGAUCAAGAACACUGUAAGAUGGCUAGCUGAGAACAGGUUUUCUCAACUCAGAGAGUUAUCUAUUUGCCAUUGGAAGCAUCAUGUGAACUAUGUUGUAGAGGUAAUUUCUCAGUUCUGCUCGCUUCUUACCUCACUGAAGCUGACAUACUGUGCAGGAAUGUCUGGGGAGGCUUUUCAGAACCUUGGUGCAGGCUGCCCUCUUCUGGAGAGCCUGAAUGUACAGUAUUCAGAGGUUCAAAUGGAAGGCUUUGUCAAUUUCCUGGAAACAUAUGGCAGUCGAAUUAAAACCCUUCAGGUCACAUAUGGGUUGAAAAGCGACAAAACACUAUCUGCUAUUUCAAAAGGUUGCUGUCCUGAGCUGAAGCUGCUGGAGAUAAAUACUAAGCUGGACAGUGGAUUCUGUCAGCUUCCAGUUUGCAUUCAAGCACUACAAAACGGGUGCCCUAAACUACAGGUGUUCCGUAUGCUGAAUGUCACAUUAUUGCCCAAAAUGGCCCGCAGAGGGGCUUCUUGCACAUCUGGCUUUCCCCAGCUGGAGGAGCUCUGUUUGGCGACUUCUUCUGUUUCCUUUGUGAAAGAUGAAGACUUAAGGACACUGCUGCAUAGUUCCCUUCGUCUGCGAGUCCUGGACAUAAGAGGCUGCUGCCGAAUCACCCCUACUGGCCUGUCCACACUGCCCUGCAGAGACCUGGAGUGUCUGUACUGGGGACUGUAUUACAGCAAUGACUGCAUGACAGCAUCCAAGAAAGGGAUUCAUCUCCUUACCAAAAAGUGGAACUGCACUCUGAGGGAGCUGGACCUCGCUGGCCAGCCAUUUUCCAGUGAAGACCUGGAGAUUGCUAUGGCAAACCUGGCAUUUGGUGAGGGAUGUGGUGUACUCAAGUCCUUAAAUCUCUGUGGAACCAAGAUCAGUGCAAGUGCACUCAGACCCGUUCUACUCCAGUGCUCUGAGCUCUCCUAUUUGAAUCUGUCAUCAUGCCGUUACCUUCCCCGAGGUCUGAAGAAAGUUUAUCGCAGCCAGGCAGACAUCCACCAGCUGCUGGACAACCUUUAGUAAAAUGCAAAAAAAGCAUAAAGGGAAGCACCAAGAUUCUAAUGGUGCAGUGAGGUUGAACUGUCUGCUGUAAUAUGUUUAGGGAAAUGGUUGGGUGCUCUGAAUUUUCAGACCCUUAAAGUGCCACUUAAACAUGCUACCACCUGGCAAGAUCUGAAGACACUGACAGUAAAAUCCAAGCAAAACAAGCUACUCUGAGUUUAAAUAUCAGUGGCUCUUGAUGCCCCCAGCUUCCCUGCUUUGUGAUCUCUGUAUGUGGCAUCCACCUCUUGGACGCUGGUGGCAAGCUGGACUUGAGUAACAGGACUACACUAAAGAAGACCUGCAGUUAUGGAAAAGCCUGGGGUUAUAUUGGAGUAACUAUAGGGCAGUCAAACAAGCCUGCUGGAGACCACAUAAUCUGAAUGCCUGUCUAAAAGGGAUGACAUUCCAGAGGCUUACUACGUACUACAUUCUCCUGGAAGACUGUUUGCGAAAAAGAUACUUCAUUUUGCCAGACCUUAAAAAAGUAUUUGCUGUCCACUUCAGAGCAUCACCUGCAAGUUCUACUGUAUGUCCUGCAUUUCAAACUCCCUGUGUUUUUACUAACUUUGUCUUAGUCUUUGGAUACCAUAACAGUUUUGGUGAAACAUGCAGAGAAUCAACUUAAUGGAUGAAUAGCUGGUUUCUAGUGCAGGCUGGGGAAUGUCCCAUGCUGUUUCUGACUUGCUAUCUAGAAGUUUUUGCAGAGACCCUAUAAUAGCCACUGUUAAAGUUGAUAUAACACAGCUUAAAUUGAUGAGAGUGAGUGGAUGUCAUCACACCAGGGUCCAGUAGGUCGCUUUUUCAAUAAUGUAUUUAAUACAGUGGCCCUAAAUGACUCCUUCCCAUAUAAUAAUGGACAUGCAUUUUAUUUUGAGGGAAUUAAGCUUAUGGUAAUAAACAUGUUCAGCCCAUUUUACUUAUUAAGCCAUCAUAUAAGGUCACCAUAUUAGGUAGUGAAGUGUUUUUCAAAUUUAUUGAUUAAAAAAUAUGAUUGUAGUGAAAUAUUGUAAAAAGAUAACACUUCUCAGUUCAGUGGUUCUUCUCUUGCAGUUUGUGUUUGUAUGUAUUGGUCACCAUUGUUGAUUCUCUUUUGUAUUUUAGUUCUGUAUAUUCUAAGAUCCUUAACCUGUUGUAGGAUUUUCAGAAAUAUUUCUUAUUGAAGUUGUUUGUGUAAUUACAUGAACACAUCUGAAAUUGCAUUUUGCAUUUUCCCCAUAUUUGGGAAUUGUUUACAUCCUUUUACAUAGCUUGUUAACUGGCCAAAUCUUCCAUUUGUAAAUACAGAAACUUACCAAAACUCUGUUUUUUAAAACACAAUCAAUGAAACAAAUUACAAAAAUAAAUGUCAGGUUGAUUAAUAUUGUGUUUUAUUUUAUUCUUCUCAAUUUAUUGAACUGAAACAGAUGUACUGUCAAGCCAGCAAAAACAUGAAGCUGGCGACAGCUCAAGUCCUAUACAUAUUUUACAUCUACAUUAAGAAAUAAGAGUAAUCUUAGUAGAAGGAAAACUAGAGUGAUUAACAUUGCUUUGUAGAAGUGAAUAGGAUUCCAAGUGAAGACAUCCAUGUAAGAUUUAACAAGGAUUUUUUUCUUAAUAUAUUUACACAGAUGUGUUGCAUUUGUAAUGUUACGUUCAGAUGACUGUUUCCAAAAAGGUACAUAUCACGGAUGCUCUAGUGUUAAAAUGAUAAUGUAAGGGUUCAUAAUGUAUUAUCUAUUUGGUAGCUGUUCAAAUAAUGCCUUUCAUAGAAACCAAACAAAUUUAACCCCCAAAGCAAAAUGAAAACUGAAAUCCAGGAAGUUGAUGAAAAACUGGGCAUUGUAUGAACUUUUUAUGCAUGCAAGAUUACAAAUGAUCCUUU